AUGGUAACUUUGUGUAUUUCUGUCUUCCAUGAAAAGCUGCACAAGUAUGUGAGAAAUCUUCAUUACACCGACCCAACCGGAGGCAAGAUCUAUUUUAAUGAGAAAAGAGAAGUUCCAACCGAUCUUAUUUUACACAGCUGGAUGUAUCGUAACGAAACAGAUGUUUAUCAGGUUCCAAUUUCCAUUAUUAAAGGCCCAGACUUUGUGUCUAAAAUAAAUCUCAAUAUCAGUCAUCCCAUCUUCUGGAAGUCAGGUGAGAUUCCGGUAUCUCGGUGCUCAGAUCCCUGUAUACCCGGCAGCAGAAAAAAGUUUGGAUCUUCAAUUCAUAUAUGCUGCUAUGAGUGCGUCUCAUGUUCAGAAGGAGAGAUCUCCAACAUUUCCGACAGUGAAAACUGCAUGAAAUGUCCUGAUGAUGAAUGGCCAAAUGAGAAGAAGGAUCGGUGUGUUCCAAGAGUGGUUGAAUUUCUCUCCUACACUGAUGAUCCCAUUGUUGGAGUAUUUUCAGCUGUCUCCAUCCUCUGUUGUCUUCUGACUGGUUUAAUAUUGGGGAUAUUUAUACAUUACCAGGACACCCCCAUUGUUAAAGCCAAUAACCGGGACCUGAGCUAUCUUCUCCUGGUCUCCAUCAUGCUGAGCUUCCUCUGUGUCUUCUUGUUCCUUGGCCAUCCAGUAGAUGUGACCUGCAUGCUGCGUGUCACAUUUUUUGGUGUCAUCUUCUCAGUUGCCGUCUCUUCUCUACUUGCCAAAAGUAUCAUGGUGUGUAUUGCUUUCAAAUCCACUAAACCUGGGAGUCCCUGGAGGAAAUGGAUGGGAGCCAAACUGCCCAAUUGUAUCAUUUGUGUCUUCUCACUGGUUCAAGUCAUAAUCUGUGUCACUUGGUUGUCUAUUUCUCCCCCCUUCCAGGAUCGGGACACUCACUCUUAUCAGGGGAAGAUCAUCCUUCAGUGUAAUGAGGGUUCAGUUAUCGACUUCUACUCUGUCCUGGGAUAUAUGGGGCUUCUGGCAGCUGUGAGUUUCAUUGUCGCUUUUUUAGCCAGGACAUUACCGGACAGUUUUAAUGAGGCCAAGUACAUCACCUUCAGCAUGCUGGUGUUCUGCAGUGUCUGGAUUGCCAUGAUCCCGGCCUAUCUGAGCACCAGAGGGAAAUACAUGGUGGCUGUGGAGGUUUUUGCUAUAAUGGCCUCAAGUUCUGGACUUCUUGGCUGUAUAUUUUUCCCAAAAUGUUACAUAAUUCUGUUCAGACCUGACCUGAAUACAAAAAUAGUUAUCCGCUAAUAUGUAUGGAGAAACAUUUAGUUACCAGCAGUUAUAGCAUUAUUUCUAUU